UUACUUUUACAGAAUUUUGUGGUAAUAUCUUCAACAAAUUAUUUAAAAUUGACGAUUUAUUGAAAAAUUAAACUAUAUAUUCAUCAUAACUUACAUAAGAAUACGGAUAAGUUUUUGACUAUUUUGUUAUUUACUAGUUUUAUUGUUCCUAAUAUUCAUCAGUUAAUAACCAGUAUUAAAUUGAAUAAGAACUAAAAUUAUAAUUCUGUUUUUUAAUUUUUAAACAUUAAGAAUCAAUAAACUUUUUAUAAUUCAAAAAUUACGAAAUAUUUAGUAAUAUAAAUAAAUUAACAUUAGAUACAAUAAUGUCAGACUCAACGCGUGUGCCUAUCACAAAUAUCUAUCAAGGUGGUGGUCACUUUGAGUUUUCAAGUGAAAAAAAUUGGGGUGUUGUGGAUAAUGAUUGCAAAUUAUUUGAUUCUCUUGACUUAACUCAUAUAGCUGAUAGUUUAGCUAGUAUACCAUUUCACUUGAGGCAUAAUUUACCAAAAAGUUUAUUUAGUGUGGAACAGUUAGAAGAAUUUGAAGUUGAAUCAUCACUUGCUUUUAGUAGACAUACAUUUCAAUGUAAUUCAAAAGCUCAAGUUGAUUUAACAUGGAAUAACAAAAAAACUAGUUCAUUUAGUUCUAAUAAAUUAUUAGAAAUAAUAUUAAGUGGCGUUUCUAAUGAAGAGAAAACAGAAAGCAUACACGAUGAAACCGGCAUUAACAGUCAAUUAAAUGAUAUUCUGGGUAACAAUAAAAAUUUGCAAAACACUUUAAAAGAUAUAAUUUUAAAUACAACUCCUAGCCAACCAAAUGUUGAAACUAGUGAAAAGAGUGAAACUUCAACAAUGAAAAUUGGAAAAUUGAGUGUUGAUACAAAUCAAACUAAUGCAGGUCAUUGGCUUGAUUCAAUGCUAGAUUCUGAUGAUGACUGACUAACAAUUCUUUAUCCCAUAAUGUACAAAGAUGCUAAAACUGUACAAAAUUUUCAUAUUCUAACAAAAUUUAGUACAAAUAAUAAUGUAUUAAUAAAAAAAAUUAUCAAUCUAA